GUUUUCCUUUUUUUCUUUUAUUUCGGAAACAUUUUGGUCUCUUUUUUUUUUUGAUUUUUGCAUUCUUCUAUCGUCGGGCUUUUCUCUCACUUACCAAUAGAGCUCUUUUGUUUGUUUGUUUGUUUGGCGUCUUCACCGCAACCACCGCCAGCUUCAACCGCCGGAGCCGCCGUAAGGAAGGCUCUUCAUCGGCCGUUGCAUACUUUUAAGGUCUUCAAAGCGUUGUCUUUCUUACGAACCAGGAAAUGGUUAAAAGGCAUGGAGGGUUUUGAUUUACUAGAGAUAUCAUGUCGCAGUGCGUAGACGGUUUCAAGCAUGCGUGCACUUCUCUUUUACAGUGUUUUGAUAUUGAUAUAUACAAACAAUCUGGAGGCCUUGGAGACCCUGAACUACUUGCGAGAGAGACAGUUUUUAGCGUGAGUGAAAUAGAGGCUCUCUAUGAGCUGUUUAAGAAAAUCAGCAGUGCUGUGAUUGAUGAUGGGCUGAUAAACAAGGAAGAGUUUCAACUAGCCUUAUUCAAGACAAAUAAAAAAGAGAGCUUGUUCGCAGACCGGGUAUUCGAUUUGUUCGACACAAAGCAUAAUGGAAUAUUGGGGUUUGAGGAGUUUGCGCGUGCUCUCUCCGUCUUUCAUCCAAAUGCUCCCAUAGAAGACAAGAUUGACUUUUCGUUUCAGCUAUAUGAUCUUAAGCAGCAAGGUUUUAUAGAGAGGCAGGAGGUGAAGCAAAUGGUGGUGGCUACUCUUGCUGAGUCCGGCAUGAACCUGUCAGACGAAAUCAUAGAGAGUAUAAUCGACAAGACAUUUGAGGAAGCUGACACAAAACAUGACGGAAGGAUCGAUAAGGAAGAGUGGAGGACCCUUGUUCUUAGGCAUCCUUCGCUUCUGAAGAACAUGACUCUCCAAUAUCUCAAGGAUAUCACGACUACGUUUCCGAGCUUUGUGUUUCACUCGCAGGUGGAAGAUACCUGAGAAAAGCAUGGUAGAGCAGACAAUUUGGCAAUUGUGUUUGUUUUCUGAGUUAUGUAUCAUGUUUAUUUGUUUCGAUCUCUCUAAACUCCAAUUUUCAAGAUUUUGUUGUUUGCUCUGUGAAAAAAAUAAUAAUUAUAAGUUUAUAACAAAGCUGUAUUUUUGAUUUUUGACUGUUCCUGAUUUGAAUUUAUGUUUUCUCCU